UCAUGAACUGACAAAUUCAAGGUUUAACAAUUUAAGGAGAUUCAUGAACUGACAAAUUCAAGAUUUCACAAUUUAAGCUAAAUUUUCCAAUCCUUUGAGGAUAUGGUUAAUCGAAACUCUGAGUCAGAGAUCUCAAUAAUCUCUCUGCUGUUUUUUUGGAGUAGAUCUCCCUGUUUUUCUCAGUAAUCAUCGGAUUCCAUCUCUCUGUACCUCUGCUAUUGCAGACAAACCUUCAUUAUCUGACUUCUCUCUCUUCUGAAGAAAUCCAGUAAAAAAUAGCAAAAACCACGACCUCCUUCUCAAGCCAUGGCACCUCAGGUCCAUCACAUCGAUGAUCUCCAAACACCAACAAACCCCAUUAAACCCCAAAACCCUAAACCGUUGGAACUAGACCCCCCCAACCCUAACCCUAGUCCCCUGCAACUACACCUCCAAAACCCUAAUUCCCCUCAACUAAAUUCCCGAAACCCUAAACCCCUGCAACGAAAUGAUGCCAAUAGAGCUUGCUUCUCCUAUGCUGCCUACGCCAAAACCGUAAUCAACCAUCUGAGCUCCUGCUCAAUCCCCAUAGCCCCAGGCCUCACAAACCAAGAAUUCAAAACCCUAGAAACCUCCCUCUCCAUCUCCUUCCCACCAGACCUUCGAAUCAUCCUCGAGGCGGGCGUGCCAGUCGGCCAUGGCUUCCCAAACUGGCGCCAAUUGGGGACCCAAGGGCUCGUCUCAGCUCGAGCCCACCUGAGCACGGGGCUAGCCCACUGGCUCACAAAUCACUGGCCUUCAAGCUUUGGGUCCAAGCCUAGCGAACCCAGUUUGGUUAAAACCAAGGCCGAUGCCUUGAUCAGAGAGUCGGUUCCCAUCUAUGGAGAUUUUUAUAUACCAUCGAGCCCAGACCUGGGCUCGAACCCGGUGCUGUGGGUUCGAGCCAAUGGGGUGAAGUGGGCUGGGUUCGACUUGGUUGAUUUUUUUGAGAGGAUUUGGGGGGUGGCGGCCCCGGCUUGGAGGGCCAAGAGAGCGAGAGAGAUCGAAUUCUGGAAGGAGAUUGUGGAGAUGGACGGUGGAGAUGCGGAGGGAGUGGACGGUGUGGAUUGCGGCGAGGGGAUGGCGGAGAUUGGGAACGGGAUGGACGGCGGAGAUUGGGGAGAAGGAGUGGGUGGAGAAGGUGUUGGGGGGAAGGAGUGGGUGGAGAAGGUGUUGGGGGAAGCGGGGUGGAGGCUGAGGGAGGGAGGGUGGAAGGAGGAGGAGGUCAGAGAGAUGGUGUGGGGGAAUGAGAGAUAG